AUGAUCAAAACAGAACUUAUUGAUUCAAAGAAAUAUCGCCCAGCAUAUCUUGUAAAAGAUAUUUUGGACUUCAUUCCUUAUAAUAACCGCUAUACAAAGUCAUACUUGAAACUUGCAAAAUUCAUUAUUGAUGAUUUUCACGUAACGACGGUACCUGAUAUUCCGACGCUUUCUGUGGUUCUUUUUGAUGAAGAAUACGGAAUUAAAUUGAGCAAAACAGAAGAAACAGAACAAUUACUCAAAACCUUUUUAGAAAAUCCAAUCUUCAGAGCAAUUAUGAAUAACAACAUAGAAGCAUUCAUUGCAAUCACUGAAAGAGAAGGAUUUGAUAAAGAUCAAAAACUUCAUAGCUACUUAUAUCCACCUAAUCCCAGAGGAUAUUCAUUACUUGAAUUAUGUUGUUACCACGGAGCAGUUGAUUGUUUCAAGUUUUUAAGAACAAAAUUUAACUCACCAAUAACUCGAAAAUGUCUUCAUUUUUCAUUUUUAGGUGGAAAUCCAGAGAUCAUGAAUGAAUGUUUGAAAGAUCAAAGGCCAGAUGCAGAUUGCAUGGAAUAUGCAAUUAUUUCACACAACAUCGAUUUUGUUACAUUCUUGGUGAAUGAAUACGAUAUGAAUGUCGUUUUAUAUGAUUGCGAAAAAUAUCAUAAUCUUGAAUCAUUAUUAGUUCGUUUCGAUCAAACUAAUGAUGUCGACAGAUGCUUUAUUUAUUCAAUCACAUUUGGUCUUCCAUCCCUAUGCGAAUACUUCCUUUCACAUGGUGCAAAUGUCAAUGAAAAAGAUAAUUAUGGAGAACCCGCACUUCAUAAAGCAGCAUUUAAUAAUAAUAAAGAAAUCGCCCAACUGCUUAUUUCAUAUGGUGCAAACAUCAAUGAAAAAGGUAAAAAUAAAGAAACCGCUCUUCAUAUAGCAGCAGAAUAUAAUAGUAAAGAAACAGCCGAACUUCUUAUUUCACACGGUACAAAUGUCAAUGAAAAAGAUGAUAAUGAUGAUACUGCUCUUCAUUACAUAGCAUUUUCUAAUAAUAAAGAAAUCGCCGAACUUCUUAUUUCGCAUGGUGCAAAUGUCAAUGAGCAAGGUUAUGAUGAAGAAACCGCUCUUUAUAAAGCAACACAAAAUAAUAGUAAAGAAAUAGCCGAACUUCUUAUUUCACAUGGUGCAAAUGUCAAUGAAAAAGAUAAUUAUGGCCAAACCGCUCUUCAUAAAGCAGCAUCUUCUAAUAAUAAAGAAACAGCCGAACUUCUUAUUUCACAUGGCGCAACCAUCAAUGAAACAGAUAAUUAUGGCCAAACCGCUCUUCAUAAAGCAGCACAAUUUAAUAGUAAAGAAGUAGCCGAACUUCUUAUUUCAUAUGGUGCAAACAUCAAUGAAAAAGAUAAAAAUAAAGAAAACGCUCUUCAUAUAGCAGCAUCUUCUAAUAAUAAAGAAACAGCCGAACUUCUUAUUUCACAUGGUGCAACCAUCAAUGAAACAGAUAAUUAUGGCCAAACCGCUCUUCAUGAAACAGCACAAUUUAAUAGUAAAGAAGUAGCCGAACUUCUUAUUUCACAUGGGGCAAACAUCAAUGAAAAAGAUAAAAAUAAAGAAAACGCUCUUCAUAUAGCAGCAUCUUCUAAUAAUAAAGAAACAGCCGAACUUCUUAUUUCACAUGGUGCAACCAUCAAUGAAACAGAUAAUUAUGGCCAAACCGCUCUUCAUGAAACAGCACAAUAUAAUUAUAGUGAAAUAGCUGAGCUUCUAAUUUUACAUGGUGCAAAUAUUAAUGAAAAAGAUAAUAAUGGCGAAACCGCUCUUCAUAAAGCAGCGGGAAGAAAUAGUAAAGAAAUAGCCGAACUUCUUAUUUCACACGGUGCAAAUGUCAAUGAAAAAGAUAAUAAUGGAAAAACAGCUCUUCAUUGUACAGCAAACCAAUAUGAUAAAGAUACAGCCAAACUUCUUAUUUCACAUGGUAUAAAUAUUAAUGAAAAAGAUUAA